AGCCCCAAGCAAAACAAAGCCCGAGGCCAGCCGGGCGGUCGCGGCGGCGGCGGCUGCGGCGGGAUGAGUCGCCGGCUGCCCGGGCUGAGGAGAAAGCGCGCAGCGGUGACGUCGUCAGCAACCUGAGAGGCGCGCGGCGCUCUCUAUGCCCCCCCUCCCGCCGCGUCCCCCGCCCAGCUUCGCCCGCCGGCCGUUGGGGGCGUGAGGGAAGCCCCGCCCCCCGGCCCGCCCCCACAGGUGUUAACAGUUUCUUUGGUAGCGUCCGUGUGGGAAAAGGCCACACAACCUCCACAACAACGACGGCUUUUGCCUGCCUUUUCCAGUGUUUCUUUUGUCAGCAAGUUCAGCAAAAUUGUUUCUCCGGUGCCAGCCGUGAUCAGACCGAGGAGCCAGCGACGGAAAUGGUCAAAAUGACAAAAUCCAAAACGUUCCAGGCCUACCUGCCAAAUUGUCACCGCACCUACAGUUGCAUCCACUGCAGAGCCCACCUGGCCAAUCACGACGAGCUCAUUUCCAAGUCUUUUCAGGGAAGCCAGGGACGAGCCUACCUCUUUAACUCUGUGGUGAAUGUGGGCUGACCUGCGGAAGAGCGCGUUCUUCUGACGGGCUUGCACGCCGUAGCAGAUAUUUAUUGUGAAAAACUGCAAAACGACCCUCGAUGGAAAUACGAACACGCCUUUGAGAGCAGUCAGAAAUACAAAGAAGAAUUCAUCAUCGAACUCGCUCACAUGAUCAAAGACAAUGGCUGGGAAUGAACUGCGAUACGAUUCCUUGUUUCUGGACAACGCAUCUAGGGAGCAGGCUUUAUUUUACAUAUUUAAAAAAAUGACUCAUGGGGAAGACAAGAGAGAGAGAAAAAAAUGGUGGACGGACGGUUGAGAAAACCUCAACCGCCCAGUGAUGUGAUGCCAUGGUCCUUCCCUUCUUUCCAGAACAUCUCUCCCGUUUUGUUUCUUCCACCCCCCUUCUCCCCUCCUCCCUGUGUAAAUCCCCUCUUUUUCUAUCUCUAUUCCUGUGCAAAACACCUUAUUUUGGACCGAACCUUUUUCUAUACGCUCGAGGAAGAAGAAUUCCAUCAUUCCAAGUCACCUGUGCUAAGGUAGCCUCUCUCUCUCUCUCUCUUUCGACCCAACACCUUCAGUUGCUCCUUUGUGACGUGCAUUUUCUCUGCUCCAGGGUUUUAAAGGCAGCCCCGAUGGACAGUCCCGAGAAUGUAUAGGAUGAAGUACAUCUUUUAUUUUAUGCCCACCCCUCCCCUUAUAAUUAGCCAUUUCUGUGGUCUCUUUGCGGUGAGAAAGAUUGCAGUAUUGUACUACUCAUUAUUACUAUUUUUAAAGCGUACCGCAGCCCGUUAAGAUGUUCUUUUGGCUAGGUUUGCGAGAGGCUCAGUUUAGCCCUCCUGGCUGAAUCUGUGGUUUAUUUUUCAUUUUAUUUAAAGAGAGAAACUGUCAGAAAAGAGAUUGAGUAAUAAUUUACAAGGCUAACUUCAAACUGUAGAUCCAAAUCAGAUACAUUCUGAAGAGAAGCUUAAAAGCUUUGGCCUGUGAAAAGAAAAAGGAAGAAAGGAAAAAAAAAAGGAAUGUAUAGCAGGGUCUUUUAGAUCAAAGGGCUGGAAAAAUACCCAGCUCUUUAUUUUUAAUACGUCGGUUUAAAAUGUUUUUUGGUACUGUACCUUGGGAAUGGGAAAAAAAGGGGGUAAUGGAGAUUAUUCUUAUGGCUGGUUCCAUGUAGUUUUACCGAAUUGUAAUGCACUGGAUGCGAGGCGGCUCGUUCAUCAAAGUCCCCGGCUUUGGCAGUAACCGAAGCACACCCAACGUGUGCCUGUGUGUGCGAGAGCGUGUGCCUGAGUGUGUGCGAAGAGGUGUCCGCUGAUCCCUCUGGAGUAGGUUGCUUAGAAAGUUUCGCAAGCGAAAAAAAAAAAAGUGACAACUUGGCAUUACAAAAGAAAAAAAAGAAAUGAAAGAAAGUGUGCCUGAAGUUUUGUUUCUUUUUCAUUUUUAAAAAAAGGGGGUGCGUGAUUUGCUGGCUGAAUCGUCCCUAAGCACAAUUUUUAUAAUAAAACUUGUUAAUGUAAAAAAGAAACAUCAUCUGGGAAUUUUUAACCACCUCCCCCACUCCAUAGUCAGUGGGGGGUGUCAGAGGGCCACCAUUCGUGGGUAAAAGUGCGUAAUUUUCUUUCUCCUUCCAAAAUAAUUCCAAGGAAAAAACGGGUGGGGGAACUGUAUAGGACAACAUUUUACCUGAAUCAUACCGAACUGCUGCCAGCAUGAAGCAACAAUAACUAUUAAUAAUAAUAACAAUAAUAUAGGAAGCUUUUACAAUGGGAAUGCUAACGUACUUACCUGUUGCAUUGCAACGCCAGCUUUUUUGCCUGCCCCGAAUGGCUGCUAAUGAGCUCAUCUAACUGACAUUCAGAUCUCUCGAAUUGCACUUUAGCUUUAUCCUUCCUUAUCAAAAUAGCAACUGUCUUCGCCUGAACGUCGAAUGCUUCCCCCCCCCCCCUCUGUACCCUGACUCCCUCCCGAUUUCAUUCCUCCGUAAAACCCUUUGGGAAGAAGAACGAUUUUACACUGUGAUGCAAAAAAGAAAAAAAGUAAAAAAAAAAAAAAAAA